UAAAACAGGGUCUCUACAUAGCCCUGGCUGUCCUGAAUUCCCUAUGUAGACCAGGCUGGUCUCGAACUCAUGGAGAUCUUCCUGCCUCGGCCUCUCAAGGGCAGGGAUUAAGCUCAGCUGUUGUGGCUUUUUUGAGAUAGGGUCUUGCAAUAUAGUUCAUGCUGGUCUGGAAUUCGUAAUCCUCUUGCCUCAGUUUCUCAAGCACUGGGAUUUACAGACCUGCCCCAAACACUCAGUUCAGGUGUUACUUAACCCGUGCUUUACUAGCGACUUGGUUUAUGAACAAGAGGAAAGGCAGCGGAACGCCGUGGAUUCGGCAAGCACCGGCAGGGGCGUGGUGAGCAUCCCCGGGCCCCGCCCAGCCCGUGCGUAGGGGCGCCGUUCUCCGAGACCCUAAAGGAGCUCCGGAAGUGCGCGGCCACCGGCGCCGCGCGUGCGUAGCUGGGCUGCUCCGCCCCCAGUCGGCAGUCCGCUUGCCCCCUGAGCGCGGGGCCCGGCCCGGUGUAGGUGGGUGGCUGGUCCCGCGGGCUCGGGCCGAGGUGAGGCUCCCGCGGUCGGUCCUGUCGCUUUGCAGGUGGGCACGGCCGGCCGGUCCGCAGGUGCAAGGGCGCCGAGUCGUGGAAAGACCGCGCCGAGCCCACAGACGCGGCGGGUCUCGGGCUGGCUGCCUCCGCUUCUGGCCCAGGGCGCUGAUGAUGCUGCGACACCUGGGAGGAGGGAGAGUGGAGGAGGAGGAGGAGGCAGCGGUCUCGGCCAGACGGGCCACCCAGCAGCGGGAGGACCGGUGGGAGGGACGAGCCGCUGGCGGCGACGCCGCCUUGGGAGGCAUGGCUGUGAAGGACGAUGGCCUUUAGGUUUGGCCCAGAGCUGACCCUCGCCGCCUAUUUGGUGUCCUCUCACACCCGCAACCCCUGAGGCCUACCGGGAUGAGUCCCACAGCCUUUCCCAGGCUGGCCCUCUAAGGCUGAGGCGGUGCUAUGCGCCCAUUCUUGGUGUCCUGGUGCAUGGCUGGAACUUCCAGCUUGCAUCGUGCCUGGGGCAGUUCUCAGUUUGGAUAGCAGCACGGGACAGGUCACACGUUUGGCUCUCACGGCUUCAGUACACCCCCCGAAGGCCACUUCAGAAGCAAGGGCUGUCGUCUUCCUCUGACCAUCUGUCCACUGCCCUAGCUGAAUGGGGCUGAGUUUGUCUGUUUUCUCUCCCUGAGAGUAAGUUGGGGAGGCCUCAGACCGGGGCUGCCUCCUACCUACCACGGAUUCCAAGGUGGUUCACGGCCCAGAUGGCUGCCAAGUCCUGCUCCGGGGCUCUGGGAGAGAUGCCUCUGACCUUCCAGGAUGUGGCUGUGUACUUCUCCAGGGCAGAAGGGCAGCAGCUGGGCCCCCAGGAGCGGGCGCUGUACCGGGAUGUGAUGUUGGAGAACUAUGGGAACGUGGCCUCACUGGGAUUUCCAGUCCCUAAGCCAGAGCUGAUCUCCCAGCUGGAGCAAGAGGAGGAGCUGUGGGUCCUGGAUCUUCUGGGGGCUGAAGAACCAGAAGUCUUAAGAAGUUGCCAGAGAGGUAAGCGUAAGCCAGAGGCUGGUCUCAGGAAUGGCCUCCCAGUCCUGCCUUUGGUAGCUGGCGUGAGGGCUAGAAGUGAAGGCAGAUAUGGUGAUGGUAUACAGUCCAGCCCUCUCUAAAGGAAGACAUAGCUCCUGUGUAUGCACAUGCUUAAAAGGUUUUCCUUUGCCGGUGCAUUUGCUUUGCCCUAAAGAAAAACCCAAGCAAAACCAAACCAAGAUUAUAGUUUCUGGUCGUAACAUGUUAUGUUCUUUCACACACCUUCAUGAACUUUUUUUGUAGAAUAUUCUUUCUCUUUUCAUGCUAGCUACAGGUUCUGUAUCAUGCUCCUUUCUCCUUCAUCGCUUCCUCUUCAACCCUCAAUUUUGGUCAGCAGUACUUCCUGGUUCUUUCUCUUUCUGGAGGCUAGGUCUUUUUGCGUUGCUCAAACACGUAUCAGACACCUUGGAUCAAGUCAUCCCUCCUGGAGCCUCAGCCUCCAUAGUAGCUGGGACUAAAAGUGCAUGCCCCACUACAUCUGGACCGUUAGCGUUCUUUAUAAUGUCUCUUGGAUCCCUCCCUCCCUUCCCCUUGCCUCAGCUUUCUCCUGUAGCCAGGGCUGCCCUUGAACUCUGUGUAGAUGAGGACAGCCUUGAGCUGCUGAUCCUCCUGCCUCUGCCCCUCAGGUGCUAGGAUUACAUUAUAGGCGUGUGCAACCACACCUGGCCCUUUGGAGGUGUACUGUAGCGGUUCUGCUUUAGUGACCAGCUCUGUCUUUUGACUCUCAGCUGCUGCUGAGAUUCUUUCUGUUUC